UUUCACAAUUCAAUCGGAUUCUAGUCGGGGCAAAUUCUAUUGAGACUAUUUAAGGUAAUUAAAGAGAAAAUGGCACGUGUCGGGAAAAUGAACGGUUUUCACGGAGAUAAAACGUUUAUUGGUCACGGAAUGAACGGAGUGAACGGCGACAGCGUCAUGUACGGGAACGGGGUCACCGUCCUUAACGGGAACUCGAUCAGCGCCCUGAAACUGCGAGCCCGCGGUCAGCGCUGGAGUGUGCGGGCGUCGGAGAUGGCCAAGAACACCCUGAAUCCCAUCCGUGCUAUAGUCGACGGCAUGAAGCUCAUCCCGAACCCGGACAAACCCAUGAUCGCCCUGUCCAUCGGUGAUCCUACAGUAUUUGGAAACUUGCCUACAGAUGAAAGUGUGCUGCAGGCUGUGAAGAAAGCUGUCGAUUCACACAAAUACAAUGGUUAUGCUCCAUCAGUGGGUUACCAUAAGAGCAGAGAGGCUGUGGCAAACUUUUACAGACAGCCAAGCGCACCAUUGGAAGCUAAUGAUGUGAUCCUGACCAGUGGAUGUAGCCAGGCUAUUGAGUUGGCCACCAGUGUUCUGUGUAAUCCAGGAGACAAUAUCUUAGUUCCUUGCCCUGGAUUUUCUCUAUACAAAACUCUAGCUGUAUCGAUGGGCAUCCAGGUCAAAUUGUACAACCUACUGCCAGAGAAGUCCUGGGAGAUUGAUCUCCAACACUUGGAGAGUCUGGUUGAUGAGAAGACAACCUGUCUGAUUGUCAACAACCCAUCUAACCCCUGUGGCUCUGUAUUUACCAAAGAGCACUUGCAGAACAUCCUCUCAGUUGCUUCAAGACACUGUCUCCCUAUCCUAGCAGAUGAGAUCUAUGGAGAUAUGGUCUUUCCCAACUGUGACUUUCAUUCCCUGGCUCCUCUCAGCAGUGAUGUACCCAUUCUGUCCUGUGGCGGUCUGGCUAAACGCUGGCUUGUUCCGGGAUGGCGACUCGGCUGGAUCCUCAUCCACGAUCGCAAUAACAUUUUCGGGCCAGAGAUUCGUGACGGUCUUGUCAAGCUCAGUCAGCGCAUUUUGGGAGCCUGUACAGUUAUCCAGGGGGCACUAGAAAGCAUCUUUAAAAAUACCCCCUCAGAGUUCUAUCAAAGCACAAUCAGCUUUAUAAAGUCAAAUGCAGAUAUUUGCUUCUCAGAGCUGUCCACUGUUCCUGGACUCAAUCCAGUAUUGCCAUCUGGAGCCAUGUACCUCAUGGUUGGAAUUGAAAUGGAGCACUUUCCAGACUUCCAGAACGAUGUGGAGUUCACUGAGAGGCUGGUUACUGAACAGUCCGUGUUCUGCCUACCUGCAACGGCAUUUGAAUACCCAAACUUCUUCCGGAUUGUGCUGACAGUUCCAGAGGAAAUGAUGGUGGAAGCAUGCGAACGAAUUCGGGAAUUCUGUGCACGCCACUACAGACCUCGCAGCCAAGACAGCAACGACCUGGACCAGUAAGGGGAUGUUUAGUGUUUGGGAACAAGAUAUAGAGAAAGAGCAAACAACUAAAAAAGUGUACAUGUAAUAGACAGUGAGAUGCCCUUCUUUUGGUUUGAAUGAAGGACUAAUGUUUUAUUUCUGAAGGAAGCUAAAUAUUCUAUGCACAGGCCUACACAGGUGAUGACCAACUGUAUCAUGAUAUAGUGAUAUGGUCAUGAUAAGGACUAGCUAACACCUAUAAAUGUAAUAUUAGGUCUGUGAAUUCUCAUUGAUGAUCAUCAGUGAUCUCAUAAACUAUUACAUACACCCACAUGGUAGUUAGGAAGGCAGAUAGGCAGGCUGAUUUUAAGAGUCCAUAAUAUCCCAAAAUUGAAUACCAGACAUAAUGGUAAACAGACAGUAUGCUUUUCUCAUGUCACUCUAUGUAGUUGGUACUCUGACUGGAUGGCGUAAACUUAUUCUGUUUACUUUUAGUAAAUUAUCCAUCUCCUUUACAUUAAUUAUAAAACUGUCAGUAGUAUGUACUGAAAGACAUCAGCCCAAAGUCACAUAAUUUAGAUUAGAGGAGGCGUUUCACUCUGGGUAAUCAACCUGACAGUUCUGAACAGAAAACAGUAUGAUAUGGAUGCCAAAACAGCUUUAUUUUUUAAUAUCUUUUUAUAUCUAAAAGACAUGAAUUAGCUUAUCCUUGCUACCCUGUUUAUAUUAUGCAUGCUACCUACUAUUUGCUUUUUUUUUCUAUGGACAAGUAGAGUCUCUCGUAAAUCUUGUACUUAUUAUUUGUAAACUGUAAUAAUUCCUUUUGUAUAUGUAUAUGGUUGUUGUAUAUUCAUCCUUGUUCGGUUUAGAGGUUAAAAAGAAGCCACAUGUCUCACCAUUGCAUCAUUAUUGACUGACACCAAAGAGUGCCACCUCUGGAAUUUAACUUUAUCUGUUCAUCUGUUAUAACAUGUAAUAUUCUGAAUAGAUUGUUGAACAUUAGUGCUUGUCUUUGAACCCACAAUUAUCUUAAAGAUACCCAGGUCUCUUUAAGUGAUAUCUGUAUAACACAUUUGCAACCCCACCAUAUUAUAAACAAGGUUUUAUAAACA